CACAAGCGGAAGUAAAUAGUUGCCAUGGCAUGUUAGCUAGUGAGAGGGGAUCAAGUAGCAAGUCCAGCGUGAAUGCUCCUGAAUUAAAACGGAUAAAAAUAAAUUACAGCCUUCAGGGUUAGUUGGUUGAACGUGGACAAAUAAUAGACUCACACCCUGUAGACUUCUAUAACAAAUGCAUUACGAGAUUCGAGGAAUCGUACAGCACGUUUGGGGCCUGGAAAAGACGUAUGCUAACUAGCUGGCUAAGCUAGCUAACAUUAACGCGGCUAAGUUCGGCUCACGUCGCCUUUAGCACACAGCCUAGCCAAAGAUCACUGAAGUGUCUGCUAUCAUUUUAAACAGGCGAGUAAGUAAGCGAGUAACAUCACCCCAGCUGGUGUUAACUCUGGCCUCAGUGGGGGAAAAGUUCGGCUGGAUCUAAAAUGAUCAUUGAAAACCUCGAUGCCUUGAAAACAUGGCUGUCUGAAACCCUUGAGCCCAUCUGUGAUGCAGACCCCUCUGCCCUCGCAAAGUAUGUUGUUGCUUUGGUGAAGAAGGAUAAAAGUGAAAAGGAACUUAAAGCCCUGUGUAUAGACCAAUUGGAUGUAUUUCUUCAGAAAGAGACCCAGCCAUUUGUGGAUAAGCUGUUUGAAGCUGUUAACAACAAAAGCUACCUCCCACAGCCAGAGCAACCAUCCUCUUUGGGCAAAGUUGAGAAAGAUGAGCAGAAGAAAGAUGAGACAAACCGGGAAGAAGAAAGAGAGAAAAAAUUUUCUCGGCGAGUGAAUCACAGCCCUCCACAAUCAAGCUCUCGCUACAGUAGAGAUAGCAGGAGAGGAGAUGACCGCAAGAGAGACGAUCGCUCCAGGAAGAGAGAUUAUGACCGCAAUCCGCCAAGGAGGGACUCGUACCGCGAUCGCUACAAUCGCAGGAGAGGCCGCAGUCGCAGUUACAGUCGUAGCCGCAGCCGGAGUUGGAGCAAAGACCGUAUCCGAGACCGUGACAGAGAAAGGGACAGGGAUAGAGACAGAGACAGAGAUAGGGAUCGAGAUCGCAGCAGGAGCCGGUCCCACAGCAGAACUCGGUCUAGAAGCAGGAGUAGAGAGCGAGACUCUGGAAAAUUGAAGUAUGAUCAUGAUCGAGUGGACAGGUCAGAGGGUGAUGGCUAUACAGCAGCACCGCUGGUCUCCACUGCAACCACUUCACACUUCCCUGUGCCAACACUGAGCAGCACCAUUACAGUCAUCGCCCCCACACAUCAUCAUAGCAACAACACCACUGAGAGUUGGUCAGACUUUCGCCCUGAGCACCCUGUGGAUCGUGGUCCUUUUGGCAGGGGACCACCCCCCCAACCUAGGAAGCGAUGCCGAGACUAUGAUGAAAAGGGUUUCUGCAUGCGAGGGGACAUGUGCCCUUUUGACCAUGGAAGUGACCCAGUUGUGGUGGAGGAUGUCAAUUUGCCGAAUAUGUUGCCCUUCCAACCUCCGCCAAUCCCAGGUGUGGACGCUCCGCCGCCACCAGGGCUCCCGCCGCCACCGCCUCUCAUGAACCCACCACCCGUGAACUUGCGGCCCCCUGUGCCCCCACCAGGUGCCCUCCCACCCAGCCUUCCACCCGUUGCAGGUCCCCCUCCUCCACUUCCUCCUCUGCAACCGUCAGGCAUGGAUGCACCUCCUAAUUCCAUCACCAGCUCUGUUCCCACUAUUGUCACCUCUGGGAUGCGCUCUUCACUUCCCCAAGCCUCAGUGCCACUCUUCACCUCUGACAACUAUGACACAGAUGUGUACAAUCCUGAGGCUCCCAGCAUCACCAGUACCCCCAGGCCGAUCUACCGCCACCGGGUCAAUGCUCAGAGACCCAAUCUGAUUGGACUCACAAUGGGGGAGGUGGACCAGCCACAGAGAGACAAGAUUCCUAACAACAGUAUGCGGAUUGUUAUGGAAUCUGAUUCAAGGAAGAGACCACCUGUCUCCCAUGAUGGAGGCCUCCCCUCCAAGAAACCUUGGUUUGACAAACCCAACUUCAACAAACCCAACCACCAGGGCUACCACAAAAGAACCCCAUUCUCUCCUAACACCAAGCUGCUGGUUCGGCAAAUUCCUCCCGAGCUCAACAACAUCAGCAAACUCAAUGAACAUUUCAGCAAGUUUGGCACCAUCGUCAACCUGCAGGUGGCCUACCAGAAUGACCCAGAGGGGGCACUUAUCCAGUUUGCCUCUCCAGAUGAGGCUAAGCGGGCUAUGCAAAGCACAGAGGCUGUUCUCAACAACCGUUUCAUCAGGGUGCACUGGUUUCGUGAUGACGGGAGUGAUGUCCAGGGCCAGUCACAGCAGCAGCCUCAGCCACAGCCAGCCAUGCAACCCUCAGCCACGUCUCUGAAGCAGUCUGUCAAAGACCGCCUUGGACCAAUGCUCCCUGCAAACUCUGAGCCCUCCCAAGACUCCAGCAUAGCUUCUCAGAAUCCUUCUAAAGUGUCGGUGAAGGACCGUUUGGGUUUUUCUUCCAAACCAGCAGCUCCUGUUGAAAAAGUGUUUUCAACAUCCAUGGGGCUCACAAAGACUGUAUACAAUCCUGCUGCCCUGAAGGCAGCCCAGAAAACCUCAGAGGAAGCCUUGAAGAAGAAACAGGAAGCCCUAAGACUACAGCAGGAUGUAAGGAAGAAGAAGCAGGAAAUAUUGGAGAAGCACAUUGAGACACAGAAGCUCCUGAUAUCCAAACUUGAGAAGAACAAAACAAUGAAGGCAGAGGAUAAAUCCAAGAUCAUGGAAACUUUGGGCAUGUUAACCAAGAGCAUCACCAAACUUCAAGAGGAGAUAAAGGGAAUCUCAGGCAGCAGCAACCUGUUACGCACCGCUAAGAGCAAGGCCCAGGCACAGAAAGAACUGCUGGAUGCAGAGCUGGAUCUGUACAAGAAGACUCAGGCUGGAGAGGACACUGCUUUGUUGAAGAUCAAGUACACCCAGCUGCAAAUUGAGGCAGCAAAAAGGGGACUCCUGUCACCAGGACGAGGUCGGGGGGUCCACACUCGGGGCCGUGGUGCUCUCAGGGCCCGGGGAAGGGGCUCCAGAGGACGGGGAAGAGGUGUGCCAGUGCAUGCCGUCGUGGACCACCGACCACGAGCGCUGGAGAUAUCCGGUUUCACUGAGGGUGACCGUGUAGACCUGCUGCCACACUUUGCUCAAUUCGGAGAGAUUGAAGAUUGCCAGAUUGAUGAAAGCAACCUGACUGCAGUCAUCACUUACAAGUCAAGAGCAGAGGCUGAACAGGCGGCUCUUCAUGGAACAAGAUUCAACAACCAGACUUUACACCUGGCGUGGCACAAGCCUGUCACAACUCUCAAUACUGCUGAUGCUGAUGAGGCAGAACCAGAGGAGGAUGAGUACCCAGAAGAGUCGCUGAGUGAUGAUGCACUGCUGCAGGAUGACGAUGAGGAAGAGGAUGAUAACGAGCCGCGUUCCUGGCGCAGAUGAAGAACAGUCAGACCGCUCCUCCCCUGGUUGCACUGGUGUGGAAGACAAGCAACAAUCCAGCAACUUAAUAAAAUUUCAAUGCCUGCUUGUUGUAAAUCAACAAGGCACAUUUCACUUUGGCUAGACUUUUUUCCCCUCACAAAUAUGUAACUGGCAGAAGAACCAUGUGUGAGUUUGAUUCAUUUUAAUGUGUGUACCAGAUGCAACAAUGGUGAUUUUUUUAAUGCUCUUAAUGUAGAAACAGUUCUGUAAUUUUUUUUUUCUUUUCUUUUUAGUUUGUUAUUUUGGUUCAUAAAACACAAAUAGAUUGUCUGGACAUGUGACAUCUGUUCACUCAAAGACACGUGCUUAACUCUCGGUUUAAGAAGACAAAACUCGUGUUGUAACUAAAUGAGUGACAGACUGUAGCUUUUGCAGAAUAGUAUUAGUUUGACUGGUUAAAAUGCUCAUGUGUAAAUAUUUUAUGUCUGGGUUUAAAUGAUUUGUAUGAAAGUUUGGCUUCUCAGUUCUUUGCUUUACUUUGGAUUGUACAAAAAAUAAAGAAUUGAAAUGGUCUGAAAACAUCCUGCCAAAAAAAGGAAAAAAAAAGGAAAAAAAAAGAAAAUGUGGCAGUGAAAAAAAGACUCAUAAAAGACCAGAGAAAAAGACCAUUUCAAAAAACUAAAAAAACCUU